AUGGACCCAAGACAGUCUCUCUCACGGACAGCAUCGUCCAACGUCGGUACUCCACAGAACACUUACAAUCCAAAUAACAUGGCCUCUGCAUACGCCAUGCCUUCAUACCAGAGUAACACUCAUCUUCCACCCAUCAACUACUCUCAGUUGCCCCCAGCCAACCAGAACUACAUCCCUCAGCAAUACCGUAACGAGGUUCCGCGCUACUCGUCUGCUCCUUCCGCUCCCCCCAUCGCGUCUCCGGCUUCAGACAAUCGCUACAACGGACACAUGACUCCUCAAGGUCCCAUGGGAGGUCUGCCUCCCUCAUCGGCCUUGCCACAGCCCCACAGUCAGCAACAGCCGUCCUCGCAGCAACAGCAGCAACAACACCAGCAGCCUCAGUCCCAUCAAGGCUAUCAAGGUCAACCUCCUUCCCGUCAGAGCUACCCUCAACCUCUCGCUCCCGCUCCACCCCGACCAAGUCUGGACAACCUCGCCCCGCAGUACGGCCAGCCCGACAAUAGACAACCCGCAUGGUCAGGCCCAGAGCAGAUUCCCAGCAUGCAAUCUGAUGUUGGGCGCGAUCCCACCAGGACACACGUUGUUGGCUCACAAGGAAGACGCGGAAUCUUGCCUAGCGCCCCGGGUCGUCCCCCGGUCAUGGCCAACGGCGUGAAUGGCUCUCCCAAGAGCAACGCUGUUCCUCAAAAGGACGCUGAUGGAAAAUUCCCUUGCCCUAAUUGCACGAAGACUUAUCUCCACGCAAAGCACUUGAAGCGACACAUGCUCAGACACACUGGGGAUCGUCCCUACAUGUGCGUCUUGUGCAAUGACACUUUCUCGCGAAGUGACAUCCUCAAGCGCCAUUUCCAGAAGUGCUCCGUUCGACGAGGAAACCCGACUGGGGCUAGCCACUUGUCGAGCCCUGCUGCGCAUAUCAAAAAGUCGCAACAGCAGGCGGCUAAGGCGGCCACUGCCUCCCCUGCCUCUGCCACUACUCCUCAGAGCGGCGCGAUGCCUAACCCACCUUUCUCAUCCGCCGCUCUCCCGAGCACUUCGGCCCCCGCGACUAGUGGCCCACCUCAAUCAGGCAUGACAUACGCCAUGCAACCCAAUGGUCAACCCGACCUUCAACGUCAGGGUCAGUCCAUGCAACCUGGUUCUGGCCCAGGCGGCAUUGACUCUAACCAGAACACAUCAUGGUCCAUGCACGGCGCUAGGAACCCCCAGAUGUUGUACCAGAAUGCCACUGGUCCCUCUGACCACUUUGGUAUGCAGCCUGGCGCCGGCGACGACAAGCGUCAUGUCAUUCCUGGCUCUCAUCACAUGGGCGAGGACUGGAACCACAUGUUUCCCCCUGGUGGCAACGAGCAGUACAUGAACCCCAUGUUUGGUGGAUAUGAUCAAUCACAGAAUGAUGUGAAGAAAGACUAUGAAUCCCAUGAAGCUGGAUCGAAUGGCUAUUACAUUCCCUCCACGAGCCUUGGAGCUGACGGUACGCUUGGCCCCCCUCCUUGGAAGCUGCACUCAUCGCUGCACGAUGUGCUCCAAUCCAAGGUGAACGCGCUAUUAACGUUUGUUUUCCCUGGUGGAAUACAGGAAUCGCUCCAAGAGCAACAAAAUAAAUCUCUCGUCCGAUCAUGCCUGACCGUCGACGCCGUUGAACAUUUUCUCCACCUUUUUUCCCAUUUCCAAGGCGGUUUCCCUUGGCUUCAUUUACCAACUUUCGACUUUUUCAAUGCCUCCGAUGGUCUCGUUCUUGCCAUUAUCUGCAGUGGGGCUGUAUAUUCUGAUCGUGUAUCGCAGACGCUUGUACGGACAUUAAUCCAGCGCGUCAAAUAUGGUAUAGAACGGACAUCGCGCCUCCUUCAAACUCUGGGAGGGGGUCCAGAUCACACCUCAUUUUCUCCUUCUGGCGCCGACUUGGAGGACCUCUUGGCCCUUCAGCUACUCCAGGGCCUUCUGGUGUGGCAUGGGGAUCCCCUCGAGAGAGACCGGGCACGUCAAGAGAGCCGACGAAUCCGAUAUCUUGUACGACAGUUCAACCUGCUAACUCUGGCUGGCCCAGACGAUCCCGUCUGCCAUAGCUAUCUGCACAGUCUCCAACCGGGUGAGGACGCAGAUCCAUCUCGCUGGGAGUGGCGGUCAUGGGUAGAGCAAGAAAAGCGCUCACGGUUGAUGUUCAUGGUAUUCCUAUGGGAUGCCUCCAUGUGUAUUUACUUCAAUGUCGCUCCUCUCUUCUCAGCUGCUGAGAUUAAACUUCCACUCCCCUGUGAUGAUGCCGCCUGGGAAGCUAAUGACGCCGAAACAUGCGCGCAGGCACUUGGUCUACGUGGCCAAGCCCGUCAAGCUGCUGUCAAUACCACUGGAUCUCUCCGCUUGAAGCAGCUUGAGCUUCACCACGCCAUGAGUGCUCUUCAUAGUACGUCAGUGCAGAUGCAGCCUCGCACGACCAACGUCUACUCCAAAUUUAUUCUCAUCCAUGCCAUAUUGGUUGAGAUCUGGCAACAUCAGCGCAUGAGUGCUUCAUCGUCUUCACCCAAGGUCGCUGCAAACCGGGGCUCUCGAUCACAGCUUCCAAAAUCAAUCAGCAACUCUCUUUUGCGCUGGAAGCAGUCAUGGGACGAAGACCUGGACGUACAGUUUCCACAGCGCGCAGGGUCCGUCGACAAAGCAGCGCAGAUUGGCUUUUGCCGGGAUGGCAUUCACUUUUAUUGGCUUGCCCACGUUAAUCUGCGGCCUGAGCGUAAGAAUGAGUGGCAAUCGCCCGCAGAUCAGCGUUUCCUACAAGCCUUGCACGACCUGAGAAGUGUACGCAUCUGGUGUCAAAGCGUUGGGGGCCUAGGAAGCGCGUAUACUGGCAGUGUUACUGAUGUCGAUGGUAACGACACCCUCGGCACGGCUGAACUCGACCUGCGAAAUUUCUUUCGACCUUUGAACGGGCUCUCGCUGUCAAGAUUUUAG